AGUGUAAGCGAUCUGGUGAUUUAUGAGCAAGACCAGGGAAUGCCGCGGGCUGAGCUUUUGGAGGCCGUUAAAGGUGCCCACGGCAUCGUGUGCAUGCUCUCGGACAAGAUUGACAAGGAGGUGAUUGAGGCCGCCGGCCCCAAUCUCAAGUGCAUCAGCACACUCUCUGUCGGAUUCAAUCACAUUGACGUGGACGAAUGCAAGACCCGUGGCAUCAAGAUUGGCAACACCCCCGGUGUCCUCACCAAUGCCACCGCGGACCUGGCACUAUCCCUUCUCCUUGCCACAUGCCGACUCAUUCCACAAGCCGUGCACGAAGCCAAGAAUGGUGGAUGGGGCACUUGGAAGCCAAUGUGGCUUUGUGGCACUGAACUGGCUGGCAAGACAGUGGGCAUCGUGGGCAUGGGCCGCAUUGGCAGCGCUGUCGCCAAGCGCUUGCGUGCAUUUGAGAUUGGUCGCCUCCUCUACUCGGGUCGCUCGGAGAAGCCCAAUGCCAAGGAACUUCAAGCCGAGUUUGUGGACGUUGACACCUUGCUGCGCGAAGCGGACAUUGUGGUGGCCACUUGUGCCCUGGCGCCGGAAACGACCAACAUCUUCAAUGCGGAUGCAUUCAAGAAGAUGAAGAAUACCGCGAUUUUGGUCAAUGCUGCGCGUGGUGCUUGUGUGGACCAGGAUGCACUGGUCGAGGCGCUCAAGGCCGGCGAGAUCAAGGCGGCCGGCCUUGAUGUGACGACGCCCGAACCCUUACCGACGGAUCAUGAGCUCUUCAAACUUCCCAACUGCGUGAUUUUGCCACAUAUCGGCAGUGCGACGGACGAAUGCCGCAGCAUCAUGGCCGUAAUGACAGCUGAAAAUUGCGUUAAGGGAAUUUCUGGUGAAGAUAUGCCCGCUCAAGUGUGCUAAAAAUAUCAUGCCUUCUCAAUCAAAACGUGACCUC